AUGGCUGAUCUCCAGAGACCGCGGGACUCCGUCUCGUCUUCAACAAGCGUCAACACCAUCGGUUCGCGAAUCGAGUCUGAGGUCGACCUGGAAAAGGCAGAGACCAUCCAUCCCACCCCCACAUCAGGCUCGAGGGCAUCAGCCACACGGUCGCAGUCCAUGGGGAGGGUACGCUCUGUGGCCACCGACGGCUACUCAGUGGCCGAUGUGGACGAGGAUGAAAUCGAAGAGGCUGCCGUGGAGCGCACCAAGACGAAGCCCUACGAGGUUGUCUGGGAGGGACCCGGUGACAAGGAAAACCCUCGCAACUUCAACAUCGUCCGAAAAUGGGUCAUUGUCCUCAUUACUUCUAUUUCUUCUUUCUGCGUAACAUAUACCUCGUCCGUCUACACCACCACCUACGACCAGCUCAUGAAGGACUUCCACUGCUCCAGGGAGAUUGCCACUCUUGGUCUCACGCUGUUCGUCUUGGGCUUAGCGUUUGGUCCCAUGUUAUUGGGGCCGCUGUCCGAGUUCUACGGUCGAAGACCCAUCUACAUCGCGUCGAUGUUCUUCUUUCUGAUCUGGCUGAUCCCCUGCGCCGUUGCUCAGAACAUCCAAACCAUGAUUGUGUGCCGGUUCUUCGACGGCUUCGCGGGGAGUGCGUUCCUCGCCGUGGCGGCGGGCACCGUGGCAGAUCUGUUUGAGCCCAAGGAUCUUCAGUUCCCCAUGAUGAUCUUCACAGCCACGCCCUUUAUGGGUCCUGCAAUGGGGCCGAUCGUCGGCGGGUUCAUCAACCAGUUCACCUCAUGGCGGUGGACAUUCUACACGCUCCUGAUCUGGACCGGCGUCCUGCUGGUUCUGGUCGUCUUCUUCGUGCCCGAGACGUACCACAAAGUCCUGCUGAAGCGCCGCGCGCAGCAGAAGCGCAAGCAGACGGGCGACAGCCAGUGGUACGCGCCGAUUGAGAAGCUCAACCGCAGCAUCCUCGGCACCGUCAUCCACUCGUGCACCACGCCGUUUGAGCUCCUGCUCUACGAGCCCAUGUGCUUGCUGCUUUGCCUCUACUCGGCCAUCCUCCUGGGCAUCGUGUACCUGUUCUUCGGCGCCUUCCCGCUCGUCUUUGGCAACAACCACGGCUUCUCGCUGUACCAGGUCGGCCUGACCUUUGUUGGCCUCCUCGUCGGCAUUGGCAUUGGCGUCCUGACGGACCCCUUCUGGCACAAGAACUACGUCAGGAUGGUGCGCAAGCUCGAGGAGCAGACGGGCCAGGUCGGCAUCAAGCCCGAGCCCGAGUACCGCCUGCCGCCCGCCAUGUUCGGAGGCAUUCUGGUCCCCGUGGGCCUGUUCUGGUUCGGCUGGACGACGUAUUCGAGCGUGCACUGGAUCGUGCCCAUCAUCGGCAGCGCCGUCUUUGGCAUUGGCCUGUUCCUCGCCUUCACCGGCAUCUUGACCUUCCUUGUCGACGCAUACCCCAGCAUCGCCGCCAGCGCGGUCGCAGCCAACUGUCUCGUGCGGCUCUUGGCCGCCGGAGCAUUCCCUCUUUUCGGCACCCAAAUGUACGAAAACCUCGAUUACCAGUGGGCCUCUUCGCUGCUGGGCUUCCUCGCCCUGGCCUGUGUCCCCAUGCCAUUCUUCUUCUACAGAUACGGCAAGAAGAUCCGGUCGAGGAGCCGGUUCAAUAACUCCGCAUAG